CUAUGCUUAAAAGAACUUUCCUUUUAACACUCAACAGACUUCUCUUAUCCCCCCCCCCAAAACACCUGAUUUCUGGGUUUGAUUUGUUUUGUAAUUUAAGCUACAAUAAUUGCUCUUUCACUUCAAUCUCAGUUCCUUUAUUUUUCAUUAUUCUCAUUCAAUGUCCAUGCUGUAAAUGGUGGAUGACCAUUAUUAAGCUAUAGCCUGUACAUUGAUGAACACUUGAUUCUCUGCAUCGGCAUCAUCGGUGGGAGAAAUCGAAGUCAUGGACCAAAAAUCAUGGCGUUGGAGGAAAAAAUCUUCUUUGAAGCGAAUUGAUGAAGAGGUACAAAUGCAUGAAGGUGAACGAGAUCGAAUAGUGAAAAAUCUAAAUGAGAAGCUUGCUUCAGUCCUCCUGGACUGUCAUGCCAAGGAUGAUGAUCAUGUGAUAAAGAAUGACAAAAGGGUACCAGAAUCCAAUGCAGAUUUUGAAGAGUUAACUCACUCGGAUGCUGCAAUGAAGACAUCGACUGAGUUCGAGAGAGCAACAAAAGCAUUACAAGACAAUCUGACACAGACGAACAAAAGGCUCAAAGAGUUAGAAUUUGAGAACUCUGGUCUGAGUAAGACCCUGCUGGUGAAAGAGAGAUUGAUUGAAGAUCAGUGGAAGCACAAGUCUCUGGCUGAUGCCGAAUUCGGUGCACUAAUGGCUAGAUUAGAUGACAUCGAAAAGGAGAACGCGUUGCUGAAAUACGAACUUCAUGUUGUCGAGAAGGAGCUUGAGAUAAGAAAUGAAGAGAUGGAAUACAACCGUCGAUCAGCUGAUCUGGCUCGUAAACAACAUUUGGACGGUGCAAAGAGGAUGGCCAUGUUGGAAGCUGAAUGCAGGAAACUACUUAAGGCAGAAGAAGAGAACAGGGUUCUCAAAGCAAUAAUGAUCCAUUCAUCGAGAUUAGAUCAUUCUCGGAUAUCGUCCACACCGAACCGAGUUGAGAUUCCGACCAUGGAGAUUGUGAGGAGUGGUCAAAUAUCAAGGGAACUAUCUGUCACUUCAGGUUUUGAUAUUGGAAGUAUUGAUGGUAAUAGCUCUUAUUGUUCAUGGCCUAAUGCUUUGGGUUCGGAAUCUGAACUAUCUAUAGAGAGAAGAGUUAAGAAUCCAAAUCUGAUUACGGUUCCAGAAAUGAGAUUCAUGGAUGAUUUUGAAGAGAUGGAAAAGUUAGCCUUGGUUGCAGGAAGUGGAUACAAUCCGAUAUCGGGCGGUGUGGAUCAUUGCGAAUUCAGCAACACAAAACAGAUGAACUCAAUAGAUUUAGUUGCUGAAGGAUCAUUUGAUUGGCUUCAGGUUGUUUUGCAUGCUAUCUCCAAGCACAAACGUGUUUCCAAUCGUGGUUUUGAUGAAAUUCUCGAUGACAUUGAAAUUGCUUUGGAUUGUAGCAAUCGUCUAAGUGUUCAUGAUGUUAUUGAUAUUUCUGAAGGACAAUCACACAACUUUGCUUCUUCACAUGACCACAGUCAGAGUGCUAUGUCCCGAGUGGACGAUAUUCGAUGUAGCCUGCAGGAGGAAAACAGGAGAUUACAAGAUGAUUUGAAUAGUAUGGAAGCCAUGCUUGAGUCAGAAACUCGCAAGAAUGAGGCCUUGACAAUAAAACUUCAUGAAUCAGAAGAAAGCAUCGGAAUCUUACUUACAGAACUUAAGAUGUUAAAAGAAUCGAACGAAAUGAUAGAAGACGAGGUUGAAAAUCAGACCCAACUCACAGUUGCCAAAGCUAAACUGAAUGAAAUCUUCCAGAAAUGUUCAUCUCUGGAAGUUGAGUUGGAGUACAAAAAUAACUGUUGUGAAGAGCUAGAAGCCACAUGCCUUGAGCUUCAACUCCAAUUAGAGAGUUUGGCGAAGAAAGAAACACCGACUUACUUCGUGAAUCAAGAGGGAAAGCAAUCUCAAAAUAGUUGGGAAAUUACAGCAGCAUCAGUCAAAUUAGCGGAGUGCCAAGAAACAAUUAUGAACAUAGGUAAGCAAUUAAAGGUGUUGGCGUCGUCGCAAGAUGCAGCACUCUUUGACAGGGUAUUCUCUAACAAUGGUGAUGCUGCUGCCCCCACUGCAAUAAAUGAUAGAAAGGUGAAGAAACGAUUCUCCUUGCGCGAUCGAAUGCUAGCAGACGAUGGGGAUAAAGGAAAAGGGUCCAAGUGUCCCAGUAUCCAAGGAACUUUAUGCGUCGAUGAAGCAGCAAGUUCGUUGCUUCCUCAAUCCAAUAACUUCAAGAACACGCAAGCUUCAGAUUUGCUGUUAAAGACCUCAGAAGCAGAUCUUGGUUCCAAAAAUGAAAGUGGAAACGUGGGAGCUAUGGCUUUGGCAAGAGUGCCGAGCAAGAAGCAAGGAGUUGGUUUUCUAAGGAGGCUAUUCUUGAGAAGGAAGAAAGGUUACAGUAAGAAAACUUGUCAAGGAGCGACUGAAGGGUGACCGUAAGAUGGCAAAGAAGCCUGCAUAAAAUUCAGUGGUGAUAGAGAGGGAACUGAAGGCAAUUCUACCAGUAGUUUUCAACAUUUCACAGUGUGGAGAUUGGUUUCUUGUUUUAUUUUUUCCACCUUAAUUACUCAAGCAUGGUGAGGUGAGAUCUCGUAGUCUAGUAAUACUUAUGCGAACUCGAGCAGAGAGACAUGUGGCAUCCUAAUAUGGCUUAUGUAUAUUUCUGGAUAGGAGAUCCUUUGAAAAAUCAGAAUAACUGCAGUUUGAGUUAGUGGCUUUGACCGGAUAGUUGUCGCUUGUGCGAUUCGACUGUAAAUUUUCUCGACCA